GGUGGUGGUGGUCCCCAGCUGCGCCUGCGCGCCACUCCGCGAGUCGGUUUGUCUGGUUUCUAUGACAACGACACCGGCUCUGAGGCCUCGGCCUUCGGGGACAAGAUGAAGCUGAAGCGGUUCUUGCUGCGAUAUUACCCGCCGGGCAUUAUUUUGGAAUAUGUUCAAGGUGGAGAAGUGAAAACCAAAUCCAUAGAUUUACUAGAUCUCAGUGUUGCGACAGAUGUAGAAGCCUUAGUAGAAGACAUUAGAAAGGCAGAGCCUCUCAUCACAGCUUCACGUAAAGACCAAGUUCUACAUUUAAUACUGCGAUUACAAGAGAAGCUGGGCCAGCAGGUGGACCACAAGUUCUACCUUUUUAAGGUACUUCGGGCACAUAUCUUGCCACUUACUAAUGUGGCCUUUAACAAAUCUGGUUCUUGUUUUAUCACUGGAAGCUAUGACAGAACAUGCAAGCUAUGGGACACAGCAUCAGGAGAAGAGCUGCGUUCUCUGGAAGGACACAGAAAUGUGGUCUAUGCAAUUGCUUUCAAUAAUCCCUAUGGUGACAAGAUUGCUACUGGGUCAUUUGACAAGACCUGCAAAUUAUGGAGCGUGGAAACAGGAAAAUGCUAUUACACCUUUAGAGGACACACUGCAGAAAUUGUUUGUUUGUCAUUUAAUCUUCAAAGUACCCUGGUUGCCACUGGAAGUAUGGAUACCACAGCUAAACUGUGGGACAUUCAAAACGGAGAAGAAGUGGUCAGAUUAACAGGACACUCUGCAGAGAUUAUUGCCUUAUCGUUUAACACCAUAGGAGACAGGAUCAUCACAGGUUCCUUUGACCAUACGGUUGCAGUGUGGGAUGUUGGCACGGGCAGGAGGUUGCACACUUUAAUAGGCCAUCGUGCAGAAAUAAGUAGCGCACAGUUCAACUGGGACUGCACUUUGAUCAUCACUGGAUCUAUGGACAAAACAUGCAUGCUAUGGAAUGCUCUGACUGGCAAGCGUGUGGCCACUUUAACAGGCCAUGAUGAUGAAGUACUUGAUGUUUGUUUUGAUUACACUGGCCAGCGUAUUGCAACUGCCUCAGCUGAUGGAUCAGCAAGAGUUUAUGAUGCAGAAACAAAAAAAUGUAUUGCAAAACUUGAAGGUCAUGGAGGAGAAAUUUCAAAGAUCUGUUUCAAUCCUCAAGGCAGCCGUAUUCUUACAGCCAGCUCUGACAAAACGGCUCGCCUUUGGGAGCCUCAGACAGGACAGUGUGUUCAAAUCCUAGAAGGCCACACUGAUGAAAUAUUUUCAUGUGCUUUCAACUACAAGGGCAAUAUAAUCAUUACAGGGAGCAAGGAUAAUACAUGUAGGAUAUGGCGCUAAGUGAGGAUGAUGUCUGGUCCAACCUCCUAGGAGCUUUACAGGAUGAGUUUCUUACACAGACAAUAACCACAGUGCCCUUAAAAAACAACACCCUGGUUUUGCCUCUCUCCCGUACCACCUUCAGCCUUGCUGAAGUAGACUUAUUUCUUGGACUCAUGGAAUUAACAAUGUUAGCUAGUUAUUUAACAGGACCCCCUAGUAGAGCAAAUAUCUAGGUUAGUGGCAAAGUUGUGACAAAUGACCCUGUUUUCCUUGGAAUAAUUUGUAGGCCAGAUGUGGAGUGGGCAAAGAGGGAAGGAGAGAGGCAUCAUGAUAUUAUUAACUAUGUACAAUGCAUUCCUUGGAUGCCUCUCACACUUCCAGUUGGAUACUUUUUACUUCCUGUGUUCAGUUUUUGUUCAAUAAAAAUAUUUAAAGCACUACAUGCUGCAAAUAUUUACAUUGUAUUAAGAAUGGAGUAUAUAUUAAAACUGCUUAUUCAGA